ACUGCGGACACGUCCGCGCUGUUAAGACUGAAAUUGGUUAAACUCGUCGCCGCUCUGACGUCACGUGAGGUUAAAUCCAACAAGAACAGCCCUGGAAUUUCCCCCAAACACCACCAGAGGUUCUCAGAGGCCUGACUUCUGUCUCGAAACAGCUCCACGGCCUUCAAACGUCUAACCGAACUGCGGUUGGGGAGAAGUUCUGGUUUUGGGGGGUGAGGGGCUCAUAGUCAUGUCACGUAAGUGGGCGGAUGCUUAGUUUCUUCCACAGGAAGCGAGCGCGUUGUUUUGUGGCAUAAAGCAGUUUGAAAAGGUUGGUCCCCUUCUUUCACACUUUGAAGGAAACUGGAGGUUCUGUUUGGAAAGAGUUUGCUGGUGCAGUUCCCUAAAAGCUCAGGAAACCCCUUUCUGUGGCAGAAAUGACUGUCCGUCAUUCACAGCAUUAACUGGGAUCAAAUAUCUUGUGUUUUUCAUUGAGCGCUGUGUAACAGAACUUGUGUUUGGCCAAGUUCUCUUUCUUAACAUUUACAAAACUAUUCGAUUUUUGCAAUGUUUUUUUACAACAUCUUCAUUGAUAAAAAUACAUUUUUUACAUUGCAAAUCUUUGCAUUUAUCAGACACACACAUACAUGAGCACAAACAUGACACAUGUCCUUAUGAAGGUGUAGGCCUUAGAGUGUCUUAUCAAUAAUAAGCAAUAAGAGGCUUUAUGGUGAAAUCAAAUGAACACGUAAUAAUGACUCUGGUGACUUGACGAGAUGUCGUCCGCCUGAGAAUGCGAGCAUCGUGCAAACCGCUCCUCUUUAACUUCCUCAUUCUCACUUGUGGUUUUCGACUGAGAAAAAGCAGCCUCCUUUAAUGCUUCAUUUGACAUUUUCUAACUUCACUUCUCGCGGCGGCGCAGCGAGGCGACUGAUGGCAGGCAUGGCUGCUCUGCCACUGCAACAACUCAUAGCUUCUUUUGACAAAUCCACUCUGCCAAAAAUUCUACAAGUUUGCUCUGGAGUUUAUUUCCAAGGGUCUGUUUAUGAAAUCUCUGGCAGUGAAGUGAGCUUUUCCACCGGGGAUCUGAUCAAGGUCAUCAACAUUGAACUGCUGUCGGUUUCCUGCAAGGACGUCGGCAACAACGAUGUGUUUGAACUGCCCAUCAACCACACAGGUCUGUUCAAGGUGGUCCCGGAGGAGAUGCCCUACAGCACGCUGGAGGAGAUGCUGAGCCUGAGGCCCGUGGGCCUGGACUCCUGUCUUCCCUUCACCUUCUCCAUCCGCUCCAAGAUCAGCGUGGGCGGCUUCACGCUGGGGGCCGGCUCGGUUCUGACGGUGCUGUCGGUGGAGCGGCAGCCGGGCGAGGAGGACGGCGUGCGGUGCCACGUUCGAGGGCAGCAGGACGUCUCCGCCGAAGUGUGUCUCCCGAUUUCCUCCCACGGGGAGUUCAGAGAGUGUGAGAGCGAGGAAUGCUUCACGGUGCGGGACAUCAUGUCCUCGCCCUGCCUGUGCAGUCGAAGGUUCCGCUUCGUCAGCACCACCAAGAGCCAGCGGGCCCUCGUCCUCAGCCCCAUAUACCAGGUCCACGCCGUCAUGAACCUGAGGAAAAACAUCUUUAAGUUCCCCUCCAGCCUGGAGGUGGACGUGGUGGACGUCACGGAGGCGUGCGGCGAUGUGGAAUUCGUGACCCCGCUCAGUCUGCCGGAGGUCCUUUCCCAGCCGGAGGAGUGCUUCCCGGCGGUCAUCGAGAUCCUGGAGGCCCCGGACACCCAUUCCAUGCUCAGGUGCAGCUGGCUGCCAGAACUCAGCAAAGACUCCCACGUGAUCUUCCACAAGAUCGGAACCUCUGCCAUGGUCCUAUUGUCCAGCUCCAAGGGCAGAAAGACCCAGCAGUACUUCCUGGUCUCUCAGCAGUACGCCGGCCGCUUCCGCCGGAGGCCGAGAGAGUUCGAUUCGGCGUACGAGCUGUACGUCGCCUCGAUGCAGUCGCCGGGCCUGAAGGUGUCGGUGACGCGGAGCUGUGAGGAGGACGAGGAGGAAGGCCUGCCUGGCCUCAGUGUGGGCGACCUGCUGGAGGUCGUUCGCUGCGACGCGGUGCAGCUGGCGCGCGGCGGCCGGGGACAGAACCAGGCCGUGGAGGCUCUUUUGUGUCGGCGUCUCCAGGAGCCGGACGAUGACGAUGAGGACGAAGAGGACGAAGAGGACGAGCAGCAGCAGGACGGGAUGGAGGAGAUCCUCCUGCCUCUGUUCAUGCGGGGCCACUUUGUGGAGGUGAUAGCUGACAACAAGAAGUACAAACUCAAAGACCUGUGCAAGCAGUUCAGUUUGCCGCUGGACGUGAAGGUCGUGAGCCGGGACGCCCAGCUGGAGGCCGACCCCCUGGUGGGGUUCGCGUCUCUCAGGAUAGAGGGCGCCAUGUCGGAGCCCACCAUCCAGGCGAGCUUCCCCAACAGGCCGGACCGCUGUUUCGAGAUGCCGACCCAGUGGCUCUCCAUGUCCGUCUCCUUCACGAGGCUCGCCCUGCCGUGGGCCGGCGGCCACACCCCCGAGUGCCGCGUGGAGCGCGUCAUCGAGGUGACGGACACGUUCCUUUACGAGUUUCGCAAACAGGGCGGCGAGGACGCGCCUCCGCCGCCGCGCCCGCCCAAACGGAAUCUGUCAACGUCGGCGUCAUCUUCUUCCAAGAAAUCCUCAAAGAAGACCUCCGAGGAAGGAAAGUCCCGCAGGCCGGACAAAGGCGCCCCGACCGAGGAGAUGGCGUCCCUGACGGUGAACAGGAGGCGGCCCGCCCCGCUGGCUCCGGGUAUCUUAGACGAUCAGCCUCCGCCUGUUGGGCCCCGAAAGCCCCCCGCGGCCAAAGUGACCUCAGCAAAGGCUCGGCCCAACACUUACGUGAAAAUGGACCAGUCCAAGAAAAAAGAAGAGGUGGCUCAAAUCACAGCAGAUGAGGACAGCGACCACGACUACGAAACCUUGGAUGAGUCCUUUGCUACGGUGGUGAAGAAAGCAAAUGAGAAUGUUUGUUUUUACUAAACACAUAUUAACUGAGGAGAAAGUCUGUCAUUUUUAAGUUCCUUUGUCUUGAAUUAAUCUAUUUUAUUGUACCAUUGUGGCAUAGACACCAAGCACUGUGUACAUCCUAAAUAUUGUUAAACUCAACUUAUUUUAUUCUGAAAAUGAUCGGUUUAUAAUAAGGUAUUUCAGUUAAAUAUACAAGAAUUUGGUUUUAAUCUCCUAACAGUAUCUAUAAGGAUCAUUUACACCUGCAGAGCUUUUGGUGACUAUUAGCACUGAGCACAGAUGUGUUAUAUGUUACAUGUGUUAAAUACCAUAGAGGGGAUUUAUUUUUGUAUUUGCUGAAAUGUAAAAAGAAAUGUAAAUCAGUUUCUUGAAUAAUGACGUUUAGUCAUUAACGGCAAUGCAUAUUUAUAAGCUUCAUAGAGGCAUUUGACGGAUGUGUGGAUUUACACCUACAGUAUCAACAUAUGUACAUAGAGACUCUAGAAAGAGAAGAGGCUUAACCCGGUCUGCGUGGCACGAAUAAAUAAAGGUUUUGUUCCUCAUGAAAUGAACGAUAGCAGAAGCUCAAAUUCAGAGCGAACUAAAGACACGAGAGGACAAAAAGGUUCCCUACACGGUAUCAAAUCCGGUUUUUAACUUCUCUUUUGAAAUGAUAGUUUACUCACGGCCAAAGAAAUAUAAAAUAAAUGAAGUUUUUGUUUAGUAUUUAAGACAUUUGUCAUCACAAAUAAAUCUGCUUCAG